AUGGGUAACUGUAAUAUGAAAAACAUAAAACAUAGUGGAAAUGAAACUUCUCUGCCAAUGGAGAUGUGCUCCAACUUCGAUGCUGAUGAAAUACGUCGUUUGGGUAAACGUUUUCGUAAACUUGAUUUAGAUAAUUCUGGUGCCUUGAGUGUUGAUGAGUUUAUGUCAUUGCCAGAAUUGCAACAGAAUCCUUUAGUACAGCGUGUCAUUGAUAUUUUUGAUGCUGAUGGUAAUGGUGAGGUAGACUUUAAGGAAUUCAUACAAGGUGUAUCACAAUUUAGCGUUAAAGGUGAUAAACUAUCAAAACUACGUUUUGCAUUUCGUAUUUAUGAUAUGGAUAAUGAUGGUUACAUAUCAAAUGGUGAACUAUUCCAAGUAAUGUAA